UGCAAUUAACAUUGUGUUGCCUAUUUCGACGAAAAAUUUUAUUAUUAUUUUUAAGAAGAACGAUAUAUUUUAAGAUGUGUUUAAUCGAAGGUGUAUGAUUCUUUUCAAACUACAAAGGAUAUAUUAUUGUUAUUAAUCAACAAGAUGGCGACUCUUCCAGCAAAACUUCGGCACAGUGAAAAGUUUGUGAACACAAAAUACGAGGCACUCCAACAACUUGAGAAAGGAGUUUCAUCAAAUGAAGUAGCUGCACAAUUUAGAGUUCUUAAAGAUACUCUUUCCACCUGGAAAAAGAAUAAAGUAAAAAUCAUGGAAUCAUUUCAAAGUUAUUUGCAAGGAAAUAAGAGAAGAGGCCCAGAAACAUACAAAUCAUUGAAUAGAACUUUGAUGAAAUGGUUGCUAAAUCUACGAAGUCAAAACAUCCCCACCAAUGGUCCCCUUUUAAAGGAAAAAGCGAAUGACUUACCUCUGAAGUAAUAUAAUUACAGAAUUACAGAGAGUCUAUUGUACAUAAUAUUCUAUUAAUCUAGCCUCGCUCUCCUAAAAAUUGUGUUGAUCACAAAAAAGCGUGCAUUGCUACUCUUCAUUGACGACAGGUGUUCUUUUUAUUUGCUGUAAACCGUCUAAAAUUUAUAGGCCAUGAUUUUUAUUUUAGCAACUUUAUAAAGAUAAAGCGCUGUAACUAUAUUAUUCUUUGAUGACUACAUGAGGAUUGCGACACAAAUGAAGCAGUGUCUAGACAUCAUCUUCACUCUGCAUAAGAAGUAAUUAAUGUUAAUAGUGAGCUGAGACAACAUUGCUAUGCAGCAUUGCGAAACAGCUGUAAUAAAGUUUAUUUCCUUUUCAUAUGACCGGAUAAAAUCAUAGGUGUGAUCAUCGAUUUUUAAUCCACACCCAAUCCUGCCAGAAAUGUACUUUUCUAUAUAUCUUACAGUCAAUCUUUGUAGCUGUUUUUUUUGUAUGCUACAAAAGGGGGUUUUGUAUUUUAAACUUUCAGAAUCCGUGCAAUAACACCUGGUGUUAAUCAAUGCUUAUAGGUGGCUAUUUUGUUAUUCCUCCCAAAGCACCUUGUUCACAACGUAUCUUGUCAAUGUGAAUGUGAAACAUUGUGGACAUUUUAUAAAACAUUAUUUGCUACGAACUGAAAAAA